AUGAGUAGGCUCCCAUCGCGUCCUAAACUCGAAGGACCUACAGCAAUUAACGAUAAAUUACAAAAUGUUGAUUAUAUCCUAAAGGGCAAAAUUGAUGGACCAGAAUCAUUGCUUGUUGAGGGAGACUCCAUUUACACUGGACUCUAUGAUGGACGAGUUGUCCAUAUCAAGGAUGGAAAAGUAGUGAAGGAGGUGCGAGUUACCAAACAGACAAAAUGUGGAUCAUAUGCUACAGAACCAUCCUGCGGUCGUCCUCUGGGAAUCCGACGACUCAACAAGAAGGAAUUAGUCGUAGCUGAUGCUUACUUAGGAAUAUUCUUGGUAGACAUGGGGGCAGGAACCUUCCGUCAUAUAAUAAAAAGCAAUAUACCUAUCGAAGGACGUUUAAUGCGAUUCAUAAACGAUAUCGAGGUAUUGAACGAGGACGAGUUUGUGUUCACGGACAGCUCAUCCAGAUGGGAUAGACGUCAUUUCUUUCAUAUUAUGUUGGAACACGAGGCUACGGGGAGGAUUUUGAAACAUAAAAUCUCUACAGGAAAGACAACCGUUCUUGUGGAUAACCGAUUCUUUCCGAAUGGCAUUCAGGUAAAUUAAUU